UAGUGGAGACUCCAGGGCCCCUUCGUACUCUUUGUGAAUGCUUGCGGGUGGUGCGGGUGCGGGGCCUACAACCGCUACAAUCGGGUGCAACAGCAGCAUGGGCAUGGCUUGCGGCCACUUGUGACGGCGGCAACAAAGCGCAGCAGUGUUUCGCGUGUGCGGUUUGCAGUCGAGACCGUUGAGAUCGGUCCUGCUGAACAUGCGGACGGUGGGAUGGCGGCGCCGACUGCUUUGGCAUUGCAGGCAGCGUCCAGUAACGCGCAGCUAACGCGCACCUUGGAGCGGCUUCUCGAAGAGGCCCAGCACACCGGCGAUCUGAAGUUGAACGGCCGCAAGUUGAAGGAACUACCGUCCUACGCGGCCAAGUACGACCUUCGGGACAUAGUGCAUGCAGACUUGUCCAAAAACCGUCUGAGUGAGCUUCCCACCGAGCUGUGUGGCCUGGUGCUGCUUGAGCGUCUGGACUGCCACAGCAAUGUGCUGCGUGUUGUGCCAGCCUGCGUGGCUGCGUUGCAGGCCCUGACAUACCUCGACCUCAGCCGGAACCAGCUGAGUGCACUUCCAGUGGCAGUGUGCCAGUUGCCCCUGGCAGUGCUGCUGGUGUCCAACAACCGGCUAGCCAAACUGCCCGAGGAGCUGGGCAGGAUGCGCUCCCUUAUGGACCUGGACGUGAGCUGUAAUGAGCUGUCACAGCUGCCACCAGGCAUUGGGGAGCUUCAGGCUCUGCGGUCACUACGUGUGCGCCGUAACCGGCUGUCAGAGCUACCAGCCGAGCUGUGCCGACUGCGCCUGUGGCAUCUGGACGUGUCCGAGAACCAGCUGGCACGACUGCCGCCCCUGCUGCGCCUCAUGAGCUCCCUGCGUCAUCUGCUGGUCGACGGGAACCCGCUUGUGUCCCCACCUGCCUUUCUUUGCAGGCGAGGUCAGGUGCACGUCUUCAAAUACCUGGAGCUGGAAGCCGUCAAGGAAGACAGGAGGCGAGGACACCUCAUGGAUGCUGAUGGGAGCCUGCCUCGCCGUGGGGGAAGCCGCACACCGGUGGAUCAACGUUCGUCUAGCAAUGGCCAUGUUUCAGAGCCUGUGGGCGGCAAACGACCAACCACAAUUGAUUCCGGUUACUGCAGCACAUCAGAUCCCACCGACAGUCGUUGGUCCUUUGAGGAGGACCCCUUGCUGCCCCCUCCACCAUUGCGGGCACUCCCUCGAGAACAGCAGCACGAGCGCCUUUCAGACUUGACUCUGUCAUCUGCGGCAGGUGGCACCACCACACCCAGCACCCUCAGCCCCUGCUCUGAGACGGGGCCCGAGUCAAGCUCACAAGUGUUUUUUGACGACUCCUCAGACACGGACGUCUCUGAGCAUGGUGAAAGUGCUGCAUCUAUGCUGCUAGAGUUGCAGUCAAAUGGACCAGCUCUUCUUGAAGUACUCUCCAACCAUGCAGUCGAAAUGCACAACGGCGAUCAUAGCGAUGCCUCUGAGCCAGCACUGUCACCAGCCAGGUUGUGCAACGAAGCUCCAACUCCACCUCGGCGGGUGCAUCAGCAGACGUACCGGGAGUUCAAGGAAGCCCUGAGGCUGCAGCGUAUGGGUCUCACACCAACUACCAAUCACGUGCCUCCUGGGCAUCAGCAGCAGCAGCAGCAGCAGCAACCACUCAACAGGAUUGGCCCGGAGGAAGAGUUCAGGGCUCGGCACGAGGCCAUAGUACAUCAGCAGCGACUGGAAGCUGCCUGGGCUCAGCAACGAUUGCAUCGGCCACCCUCUCCCCCUAGCCUGCCAUCAUCACCCUUGCUGGCAACCAGUGAUGGGAUGAGGACACCACCACGGCCGAGCCGUGCUGGCACUCCCCAAGGUGGCGAAUUCACCAUCCGCCGAGGCCUGGAGAGAGCACGGGAAGAGCACGAACUCAUUGAGCAGCUUCGAUGGGUGAUUGAAAGUCGGCUAAAGGUCCAACUGCCAGCGGAAAUGGGCCCAUCGCUUGUGGACGGAGUGGUCCUGUGCCACCUGGCAAACCAAGUGCAGCCACGAUCGGUUGCCUCCAUCCACGUGCCCUCUGCUGCCAUGCCCAAGUUGACCCUUGCCAAAUGUCGACGCAAUGUGGAAAACUUUCUCAAUGCCUGCCGCCAACUAGGAGUGCCUGAGGGGGACCUGUUUGCUUGGGAAGACUUGGUGCUUCGUGUAGACAUGGGCCGCGUGGCCGUCAGUGUGGCUGCACUGGUGCCUGGCCACUGGCAGCCACUGGGCGCCACUGGUGCCGACCCUUCUCUGGCGUGUCUGCUCCUGGCCACACUGGCUGGAACCUGCCUGCUGCUGCUACGCGGAUGGCCGCCACCACAAGAUAGUGACCAGUGGAGCUUCUUUGACCUUUGGCUACCCGCAGGCCUCUGCUGCAGCCUAUACCUUCACGCCUGCCUUUCUCGGAUGCCGUGACCAUGCCAACCAAGUGCUAUUGCUAAGUCUUCUUGAGCCAAAAAUGUUUCUGAAGUUGCCCACAGGGCAUGUGUGUUAUCUCGAGCUGUUCUCCCAGAGAAAAUUUUCAUGGGACACAUUUCCUGAUGUCUGGCAAAAAAAAGGAAAGCCUGUAAUCUUUUCUGAGCUACAAAUGAAGAUUUGACAUUAUGCAGGGAUUUUAACUUGUACUUACUAGUUGUAGACAUGUGGCACCUUUAAAAAAAGUGGAGGAGUUUCAGCGAACGUAACGCUUAAUGCCUUCUAGCAUCAGUGCUGACUAUAUAUUCUUCAGCUUUCUUUUUGUGCAUGCCACUCAGUAUUGGUCCUUCAGAACUGCGGCCAUCUUCGAAGGAAUCACUAUCCAGAGUUUGACAUUUGCUUUAGAUUUUCCUGCUACAUUCUCAGUGUUAUGAGGACACAUUUUUGUUUUCAUUAGCAGACAAGGUUGUGCUGCAGGCAUUGUCGUCCAUGUGCAGCAUCAAUAUCGUGUUUGGCAAAAUAAGGCAGCUUUUGUGUAGUCCUGUCGCGCCGUUCUUUUCGUAUGCUGUUCUAAGGUAUUCAGUUGCACUUUGGUGAAAAAGGUUGCGCCAUCGUCAGUAUUUUUCAUUUUCUCUUUUCGGUGUUGUCAUUUCACUGGUAUAGCAAAGACGAAUCAUUUCUUGGACAUUUUUUCAUCGUGUGAUAGGUUCUAAUGAUGCCACACUGGUAUAGACCUUUUUGCUGCUUACGAACACAGGUGCUGGAAGGCUUCCAGUUUUGUGCGCCGGCAUAGCCUAGUAGUAUUUGGUGGGGAACAAAAGCCUUAGCGAGUGGCCCGCACAUUUUCAACGCUUUUCUCCCUAUUGCUGGCCAAAUAUUUUAAUGAAAUAUUCUUCUAAGCUGCACACACAGCAUUAUAAGAGUUAGUCCUUAACUUUAAGCGCCUUUGUUUUACCUGAAAGUGGAAAAAAGAGUCUUUCCUUACUCUGGCACAACAUAAAAACACGCUUUCUGCUUCGGUGUUAGAGAGUGAUAAUUGAAGUGACCAGAAGAUUCUUGGGGUACAACAUGUGCUGCUGCUAUCGCACUCUUGAAACCUACCGAAAAGGCGAAUACAGGCUAAAUACAUUUAUUUUCUUUCCCAGUUGCAUUGCUGUCGUAUGUCUUGAAAGUGUUAAGAACAUAUUGAACUCAUUUGCGCUAUCAACCAGUGGAAUGUAGCACUGUCAUUGCCAUCUAGUCUGUUGUUCGCAUGCAUGAUGCAUUCAAUACCCACUUGCAUUCUUGAGAAGGAAUGCUCAAAACAACUCUUGGCCUUAUGCUUACUGUCAUUUUUAUUGGUAGCCUGUCUUUCCAAGAGCCUGACUCUGCUCCAGCUUCCGUACUUAUGCUGAUUCUACUGAACUCAGUCUGUAAAUACAAUGAGAUGGCUAUUUUUACUGUCUUUAUAUCUUUUACACGACAUUCAAAUAAGUGCUAAUUCUGAUCAUAUUUUUAUAUGAGCCUAUUAACCUAUUAAUGUUUUCUUUCGGAGUUUAGAUCAUCGAGAAAAUAGAAGUGCAUCGAACAAAGCUAUUGUAUGCAUAUUUUCAAGUGGUAGGUACUUAUUUAUACUUUGUUGACAUAUUUUAUGCUAAUCGCAAAAGCUGCUUUAAAGAAGGCACACUAAAGGAAUGUGUUUAGAUAGACAAACUUUUAGGUUAUUUGCAGCACUGCUGCUCAGUGCAUCUGCUGUAUACUGAACAAAACUUUUGCCGUCGAGUUUUUCAGCUUAGUUGAAAGCUUGAGUGCUGAAAUAGUUUGAAACAACCUUGUUUUGAGGCAGAAACUAGUGGAGAAUAAGGAAUUUGCUGUAUUUUUCAUGAACUGCCGCAUCUAGCGGCCACCCCGUGAACUCUAGGAGGUGACGUUUAACUCUCUGAAAAAUGGCGCGCCAUCUUUCUCCUUGCCUACCAUUUGACAUCACGAGCCAUUGCCCAUGUCUUUGAACCCACUUUACUCCCACUAUGUUUCCUAAAACGAUUGGCACCGGCAGUGAACAGUGCUCCAAGGUGGGGCACGUGUCAGCGCCUUUGUGGAGAGUGAGACAUAAAGGAUAGGUGGAGGUAAAGAGGACAGAAACAUGUGCAGCCUCCGCUGGCACACUCUGUGUCACAGCCACCGUGCUCACAAUCCUCCAAAAAUGCAGCCAACUGUUCGAAAAUAUGCGAAAUAAACACAGUUUAUUAGAACGGUCGCGACUUCCAAGCCGAAUUUCAAUGCUUUCGUCUUUUUUUUUUAAAUAUUUUUUGUUCACUGUCCCUUUAAUAAGAUGCCCAACGGUUAUGCUUUCUGAAAUUGAGUAUCCUAGGUGUCUUAUGUACCAUUGGGAACUUUUCUUUAUUUUGACAUUACUUGUGGAGAUCUCAAAAUGAGUAGCUGGGGUACUAUUUGUGAGCAAUCAAACGUGUGUAGCUAACAGGCGCCUGAAGUAGAGAGAACAUAAUUGGUCAGUUUUCAACAGCAAGCACAGGCAGUUCUGCUUUUAUGUGCUUUUUUUUUCUUCCCACAUGGCGGCUAUGUUGUGACACUCUUUAAAGUCUACAUUUGAGUGUAGACUUUUUUUUUUUUUGUCGUAAGGGCCGCAUUGUCUUGUGUCAUACUCGGGAAAAAUUGCUUACAAGGACCAACUGCACAUUGCCAUUCAAAUAUAAAUGCUGUUAUCAGACAACUGCUGAACUUAUUUGAAUUACUGGCACUUAUAAGCAGAAUUUAUAUUUAGAGUUUUGUAUUUUCACUGAUAUGACUCAAGGGAAAAAAAUGUAAUAAUAAAAUUCACAUUCCUCUAGCCCUUUCCCUAAAACAAGUAUAUUGUCAGCUUCAGUUUCAUAAAUUAAAACUGUGUGAUUGCCUAAAAUGCAAAUAUAGGUCCUUAAAAAACUCUUGGAAACACUUUAAGUUGAAAAGUAUGUUUUCCAGGCCCUUGAAGAUCCCAGAAUUAUUAUUUCACCUUCAUUGGCCCAAAUUUCUUGAGCAACACCUGACAAAAAAGGGUUUCAAGAUUAUCUGACCGGCUUUCUGUGGUAAAUUUGCAUGAACCUGGCAAACUCCCAAUUUCAGAAGCAAGGAUGCAAUAGCACGGAUGUAUCGAAUUGGGAGAGGAUCACAAAACACACUGGCAAUUCAAUAUGUAUCAGACUUCAGUGUGCAUGCUUCACUGCACUAUACAUCUGUGUUACAUUUAAAGAUGUUAAAACAAAUUCGUCAUUGUGGAGUGCAAAUGACUCCCUUGCUUUAUAUUUUGAUGCACACAGCUGGCUAUUUAGUCUCUGCAGCAUGUAGUUUGCCUCAGAUUCAAUGCUUCGUUUGACACCAUACGCAAGAAUUGUGCCUCUUUGUCAGCAUGUAUGUUUCCAAUGACAUAAGUGGUUGCGUUUCAAGAAGUUCA